GAGUGGCUCCGACAUCUGCGAGGAGGAUAGACUUGCAUGUGGGUGGCAGGGCCAGGCUGCUGGAGGCCCUGAGAAUCUCUUGUGAGGCUUUUGAGGACAACCAGGUUCUCCUCCUCUGCUGGCUCUGGUCCUGUCGGACUCAACACACACAAAAGCCAUGGGAACCCUUGAGGGCCACCUGCUGCCAGGAAUAGGCUUCCUUAUCUACUCGGUCUACUACUCGGUGCUAACAUCCUUGGCCCUGCUACGGGGAGAGAAGGCCCUCCAGCACCCGCUGCUCCCGAGGAAGCUGCGGGGACACAGGCUGUUUCAGCAGGUAUCGUAUGAAGCCGUGACGAAGGUGGUUGUCCCCACCUUUGGCAUUCUUGGUGAAUACUUCUACCCCCUCGGGGUCAAUCGCCUGCAGAUGAUAGAUUGGACGGACCCCCGGCGGCCAUUUAUCUUCAAGGACAACUGGCAGCACGUAACCAUGUUUGGGUUCUUUAUUCUCAGUGGCGUAGUAGACAUGGUGAGCCAGUCACACCUGCCCCGUUGGGGUGUGAAGCUGGAACGCGCGGCCGAAGCGCUGGCCUUCUAUGUGCUGGUAUUGCUGAUGGCAACCCACAUCGAGAACAAAAACUCCUUGGAGAUCCGAGUGCAUCUUCUGUUAAUGCUACCCUCCUUCCUGCUUGCUGUGGUGCUCACUGUGGAGGUAUGGAUCCCCAACAAUCCCUCGAUCUGGCUCCUUAAGAGUUGGCUGGGGUUGGUGUUAAGCAACUGGAUGAUGCAGCUUUGCGAGAUGUACGUACCUCCCACUGGACAGCCCUGGCGGGCAGACAACCCUACAGACCUUGCUUUCCUAACCAUCUUCUUCUGCUGGCAUCUGGCCUUGGCGGCUGGCGUGGUGAUCACCAUCUACGGCCUCUGCAGGCUCUGGCACUGCUACUAUUCUUCCUGGACAAAGACUCCUGGUGCUAAGUACCAGCGGUGCCCUAUGGAAUCCAGUGAAGAACUAGAGAAGCUCAAGGCAGAGGCCCUGGCACAGGAUGGAGGUGUGUAGAGACAGAAGCUGCCUCUCGAGUGCUGUAUGCACAACCUGGGAUCCGUAGCACGGCUUCCCACCCCAGGACUAGCUUCUUCUUCCUAAAUAAAACU